GAUACCCAAGUGCGUGUGCGUAAUAACACACGAAAGGACGAAGAAAAAAAACCCUUAAACAUGGCGAUGAGGAACGAGGGGGAUUCGGCAGCGCACAGUAUCAGCAACGCCAAGUGCCAGGAGGAGAGCAGUCGGAACGGUUAUGUGAAAAGCUGCGUCACUCCUUUGAAACAGGACCGUGGGUUUUCCGUCUGCAGGUGGUGUAACUUGGAGCGGCUCGGUUUAGCGCGCCCGAAACUUCCAGCCUUUUACGUCGGGGGCGGCUGCAGCGCCUUUGCAAUACUCGUGCUGUCCAUCGUGGCUAGGAGAUGCCUGGACGAAGAGUUUCUUUCAUCCUUCUUGCAGACUUUCCAGUCGGCGUGGGCGAUCGUAUUCCAGUCCCUGAGUCCUCUUUUUAGCAUUUGCUGUGCCUUCUUUUGGUUGACAUUUUAUUUAAGGAAGAGUAAAAGGGAAAGUAACACGGUUUGGCUCCUGUCAUUGCCACCAUGUUGCUACCUCGGAGAUUUUUUGGUGGUGCAAGUUUUAUUCGGAGAGGACCAGAUGUUUCUUUGCAGGUUGCUGGCUCCAGCUGCGGUGCUGGGUUGUGUGGGAUUGUUGACAUUACUCUCCACUUUGAAAGUGAAACAGAGCGUCCUGAUCUUGCUGUUCUCCAGUGUUGUUAGGUUGGCAUCCAUCACCAGUUUGAUCGCUCUACCAGCAGCUCUGCGACCCCUCUUGGCCUGUGGGGUCGGGAUGGUGGGAGCUAUCAUUGCUGUGUAUUUUGAUUACUUAUUUCCUAGGGAAGCCCGUCGCAGGACUGCCCCAGAAGAAAAAAUACCUGUGAUCAAGCCCCGCAGGCGGUCGAGUUGUGUAUCUUUGGGAGAAACGUCAACCAAUUAUUAUGGUGGCAGUAAGAUGCCUAGGAGGACGUCUUUGCCUUGCAUAUCGAGAGAGCAGAUGAUCCUCUGGGAUUGGGACUUGAAACAGUGGUUCAGGAGUUAUCAGUAUCAGAAUUCUAGUAAUGGCUGUGGAGUGGAUCUUGCUGUUAUGGGUGAGGCACAGAGCUUGGUUACAGACCUUCUUGCUGACCCAUCAGUCCCUUCCAAUAUCACAUCAUCUCUGCGAACUGUCAGCAGUCUAAUUGCAUCCCAGCUCACGUAUUCUAAUACACACAGGCCAAGAGUGAAUCCCCUUACAUCAUUCUCUGACUCUUACACCUGUUCAGAAAUGGAGGACUCUUCGGAUAAAGGGGAAAGAAUUUUUCCAAAGCGUUUGAGAAGAAGUUUACCAACUGGCCAGCUAAGAAGAAAUACAGGAACAUGGACAACCACCACAUCAGCAACUGGCUUGCCAACAAUGGAGCCUGCUCCUCUUAGAUGGGAUCGGAACAAUGGAAUAAAACCAUACCCAGAGAGUGGUUCAGUGAGUUCUUUAGGUGUUGGUUCACAGGCAAAUGGACCUUCCAGUUCAAACUUGUUGACAAUUCCUAAAUCUCGAUCUGCAUCCUUAUCUUUAACAUCACACCACCUUGGGCCCAGACGAGCAGGUACUUCUCCAAGCCUCAGUCCUGUGAAUUCCCCAACUCAUGGACCAGGGGCAAUGGCAAGCUUUAAUCGCUCACCAGUAGAAUUUCCUGAUACAGCUGAUAUUUUGACCAAACCAACUGUGAAUCUUCAUAAACCAAUUGGAUACACAUUUAGUUCUCCAGAGUUUCAACAAUCAGCUAGAAUAUCAAGCACAAUACUCUGCAGCAGUUGUGGCCGGCAUGUGACUAGACCUGUUCAAAAUACAGAUUUGCAAACAGUUGCAGAAUCACCACAUGUCAAGAAACCAGAUGAAGGUACUGAAAAUGCUGCUAGUAACAAUGAAUUGAAGGAAUCAAAGGAUACAUUGGGGACAGAAUGUAAAGAUCAGCAAGAGAGCAGAAAAUCCAAGAAAUUUACAAAUCACGAGGAUCAGCUGAUAGAACAACAGAAUAGUAAAUCUGGGCAAGUGCCAGACCUUUCACUUGACUCAAUAGAUAUAGAAAACACUGGGCUGUGCAUGGAUAAACUAAAUAGUUGGAAUUUUCCCAUUUUUGAACUUGUCGAAAUGACUGGGGGACAGUCUGGAAGAAUUCUUAGUCAGGUCAUAUAUUCUCUUUUUCUUGAUACUGGCCUAUUUGAACUUUUCAAAAUCCCCGUUCGAGAGUUUAUUAACUAUUUUAGUGCACUGGAAAAUGGGUACCGUGACAUUCCUUAUCACAACCGUGUCCAUGCCACUGAUGUGCUUCAUGCUGUUUGGUACUUAACGACAAGGCCUGUUCCUGGAUUCCAACAAGUAAAUAAUGAUCAUGUGACUGGAAGUGAUACAGAUUCUGACAGUGGAAUAUCUCCUGGCCGGGUUGCAUAUAUAUUUUCCAGAAGUUGUGCUAUUACAGAUGACAGCUAUAGUUGCCUUGCAUCAAACAUCCCUGCUCUGGAGUUAAUGGCACUUUAUGUUGCAGCUGCCAUGCAUGACUAUGAUCAUCCUGGGCGUACUAAUGCAUUUUUAGUUGCAACAAAUGCACCUCAAGCUGUCCUAUAUAAUGACAGAUCCGUCUUAGAGAAUCAUCAUUCUGCUGCAGCAUGGAACUUAUUUAUGUCUCGUACGGAGUUCAACUUCUUGGCAAACCUAGAUCAUGUUGAGUUCAAACGGUUUCGUUUCUUGGUGAUUGAAGCAAUCUUGGCUACUGAUCUGAAAAAACAUUUUGAUUUUCUCGCUGAGUUUAACUCCAAGCAGAUAAAUGAAGUUAAUAAUCCAGGAAUUGAUUGGACCAAUGAGAAUGAUCGUUUAUUAGUGUGCCAGGUCUGCAUAAAGUUGGCUGAUAUCAAUGGCCCUGCUAAGAGAAGGGAACUGCAUCUACAGUGGACAGAAGGCAUUGUGAAUGAAUUCUAUGAACAGGGAGAUGAAGAGGCAAGUCUUGGGUUACCCAUUAGCCCUUUUAUGGACCGUUCUUCACCUCAGCUGGCAAGGCUGCAGGAAUCUUUUAUAACACAUAUUGUAGGGCCUCUGUGCAACUCAUAUGAGGCUGCAGGAUUACUACCAGGUCAAUGGGUGGAUGAUGAGGAUGUUGAUCCAGAAUGCGGUGAGGACGACGACGAUGAUGAUGAUGCAGAAGAAUUAGAAUUUGAAGAUGAAAUUGAUGACGACCUUCAUCUACCAAGAAGGCAAAGGAGGAAGAGGAAAAGGAGACAAAGAAUCUUCUGCCAGAUAAUGCACCAUCUGACUGAAAAUCAUAAACUGUGGAAGAAAGUAAUUGAAGAGGAGGAGCGUGAACAGCAAUGCAAGUCAGAGCUAAAUCUACAGCAGACAGAUAAUUCAUCCUUACCUCAAACUUCAGAUGAAAUCCAGGUAAUUGAAGAAGCAGAUGAAGAAGAAGAGAAACAACAAGUUGAGGAAAAAUAGUGCUGAAUAAGUAAUAUAUUGCUGACAUUAGAAACUGCUGUACUUUUUGUUAAAAAGGCCUUAUUACUGUGAGAGGGUUCUGGCACUCACCAGGACCCCAGUUCUAUGCACUUUUACCCAUGGAAAUAUUUGAGUUUGUAUUCCAUGAAACAAAGCCCUUUGUGCCAUUUGGUGUCCAAGUGUUUUCGUUAUGAUGCUGCCUUGCAGAAUAAAGAGUGCUCAUUUUCCAUGCGGUACUGGAGGAUGUUGCAAAAACUUCAACUUAGCAACUGCUGUUACCAAAGUGAACUGAAAGUUUACCAUUUUCCGUUAAUAAGGAGGAAGGUGGAUUUUAAGCGUGUAUCACAUGCCCAGUACCUGUCAGGUGGACUUGAAAAUUGCAGGUUGUCCCUGUAGGCGUUCAGAAUGGAGUACUGCGGUCAAGAGCCUUAUUAGAAGGACCUUUGUAUUUUUUUUCUCUCUCGAAAAGAAUCUGAUUUAAUACAGGUAACAGAUAUUAAAUCCUUAACUCAUUAUUUGACUGAGAAAAUGUUAGAGUAACUGAAAAUUCAAGCUGCAUCAUUUUUCUGAUGUCCUUUAAUGUUGUGUACAAAAUUUUUUUGGUUUUUGUGCUGGAAGUAAUCAGAAAUGUGCAGUGGCCAAGCAUUUCAGUUUGCUCAAACAUCACCAUAUAAUCGUUCUGUAAUAGAACGUUCGCAUGACAUUAAUGAUGAAAGGUAUUUCUUUAAUAGUAUGUUUUUUUGUCACUGCAACUCAGGAUCAUGCAAAGAUAUACAUGAAGCAAUGCCAUUGAAGAUAUGCAAGUUGUGGUUUGGGGAAGUCAUUGACAAAGUAUACGGCUUCAUCCAUUUCUAUUUAGAUAGUUCAAUUGGUCUUUCAAGUCAUACAUCAUAAACAAACAUCCUUAUGUAUCCACAUUGCUCGUAGUAAGUUGGUUAUUGCACAUCACCAUGCUGAAAGGCUGCUGUGUAUUGCAGUCAGUAUACCAGUGAAAAGAGUAUACUUGCCAUGAGAUUUCAGUAUGAUGGAAUAGGACAGAUUUGUGUUAUGUGUGUUUCCACUACUCUUUUUCCAGUACUCUUUUUCCACAAUAUAAAUUCUAGACAUUCCACAAGGGCAUUGUACCUGCUCAGACGUAUUUAUCUGCAAACUCAUCCCAUGUAAAGAUGGUUGCAAAAAAAAAUGCAUGUACAGCUCUUACACAAUAUUUGUAAAUUAGUUUAGGCUGCAGGUAUGUAAUUUUCUUAUGCAGACUGUACAAAAUAGUUACCAACAGUUGUGCACCUUUUUUCAUACCAAACAGAUAUUUUCGAUUAUGCACAAAUAACUACAUUAUAUAAAAAUUCAUCUGAAAUCUUUGUAUUAAUGGAUUGUAUCAGAAUGCAUUUUGUACAUAUGGAGCAGUUGAUACAAGUAGAGGGACAGUAAUAAUCCUAAGCUAAAAAUUUUUAGUAGCAAGAAGUUGGUCUGUAAUAGUGACAGGAAAUUGUAUUGUUCCUUAAUUUCUGCAACAAUAUGUUUGUGUGCCUUUUUACAGCCACCUACAAUAUUAAUAAUCAACCUCAAGUUGACAUGGGGUCAUACAAUGAAUGCUGAACUCUGUCCUAUUAAAUCUGAAUCCUUAAAUUUGUAUACUGCUAAUAAGCAUGUUAUAUAAUCAGACAGACUCCUCAGUGACUGAUGAGGAGCAAGGAAGUGGUACUAUAUCAUGGUAUAGUACUUGACUGACAAAAUAAGGAAAAGUUAAUCAGACUAAAUGCUCCAACCAUGUUUGCCAAAUCUUGUGUUAGCUAUGCACUAAAUGCUAAAAGUUAAACACCUCGUAACAGCACAUUCUGUAUGUAAUUUAUUCCAUUAAAAUUCUCAUGGUUUUUAUGUAUAUGUAUAUAUGUGUAUAUUUUGAUAUAUGCAUGUAUAUACAGUUUUAUGGUUACUAUCCAUUUUGAGUCUUAAUUGUGUUUAUUUUAAAAAAUGUGACUAGGUAAACAUAUUUUCAGAAAAUAUUUUAGUGCAGAAAACCGCUACACAUUUUCUGUUGAUAUUUAAGAUUACUUAGAGCAAUCUAUUUGCUUUAUAAAUUAGUGUGUAAUUUUUAUAUUUGUUUUGAGUGUACUUUUAAAACACUGCCCAUGUUUGGUAUGUUACAGCCUUUUUAAAAAAUGGUAAUAUGGUACAUCAUUUUCUUGAGUUUACUGAAGUUCUUCUCUAAGUUCUUUGAUCUCUUGGAAAGCAUUUUGUACUUCUGGUUUUUUUUUAAUAUUCUUUCUUGUAAUAUUUGACUUGAAGUGGUGGUUAGUUCUAUCAAGAGAAGACAGUAUUUUGAUCAUUUGCUACCACAUUUAUCAAAAUAGGGUUAAGUAGAUGCUAUGCUAUUGAAAGUCAGUUCACAUUAGCUGUCUUAUAAUAGGACACAGGUGUCAAGUAACACUUUAAAACAUUACUUUUGCUAAUUUUUCAUUUAUUUUGUAAAUGUAACUGCUUUAACCCUGCCACUGAAUGAUACGCCUUAAGUCAAUUUCCUUGCAUUUAAGUUAAUAGAUUUAUACAAUUUACUAACUUAUGUAAUUUACUAAGUUAAAUUCAUCUUCACUUAUCAUUUAAUUUAAUUGAAAUUAUCCCAAAUCCACAAAGAAAACUUAAUCAGUGUGCUGUUAAUUACUGAAUGAGAACAUUUUAUCUACAUCUCUAUCUCCACUUGAAACCUCAGUAUGGAUAAAAUUAUUUAUUUUGUCAUCAACAACAGGUAUGGUACUUCUGGUGCAAGCAAAGAUUUUAUAAUUGUGUUUAUUUAUUCUAUUCCCACCUUUUCAAUCUUUUUCACCUGUUUAACUAUGCAUUUGAUACAAUCUGUUUAAGCAAAUUCACUCAUUUUUUGGCACUUACAUUUUUUGUACCAGUUCACCAACAGUGUUUUGUCAUGAUAGACUAAUCUCUCUGUAUCAAUUUUGCAUCAGUUGUCAGCUAAAAUAGUCAAAAAUAGAAUAGCUUCCAAUUUUCAUUGUCACAAAACUUUCAUUGUGACUGCAUCAUGAGGUAUCUGCUUAACUUGUCUCAAGAUAUUUGAAUAUGAUAUACCAGAGGAGGCUCAGGAAAUAAAAAUAGAGGUGUAUGGACUUAUGUGAAGCAUAGGCAGCAGUAAACUUUUCCUCAUGGCAGAAUUGUUGAAGACCAAAUGACAAAAAAGUCAGAAGUUCAAAAUUAUAUCUAAGUAUGUAUACCAUAUACAAGCUUGACAUUCAUCUUGCACUCAUCCACAAGACUAUAGAAUCCAUGAGAAACCACAUACAACAAAGACCACCAAACAACCAAUGUGUAAAAGAGGACCAAUCAUGCAAAUAGUAAAAAAAAAGUAACAAAUAACACAGAACAUGAGCUGCAAAGUCCCGAAAGUGAGUCCACCUGUACAAAAUCAUUUAAGCACUGAGGCGAGUGAAGCCUCUCCAGGAACCCACUGGCUGUAGGGCAAUAACUGCUCCCAAACCUGACGGCAUGAGACCCAAGACUCCUGUACUUCCUGUCCAUUGAGAGAAGAAAGGGAUACGUGUCAAAUGUUGUCUUCUCACAUCAGAUGGAAGGUGCAGGAGUUGAUGAUUUUAAUCUGGCUUGACGCUUUAAUCAUCUCAGAGUAAAUGGAGCUGAGCAUGGGUUCAUUUACUGCUGUUGGGCUUCAUUGGGCCUCAAUGCAGCAUCCAUCCCCAGCGAUGGCCGUACAUGUAUUCUGGAUAGUCAAGUUCGCCAAAUUCUUCAGGAAGUCGUAAGAUCGCUAGUUCAUUUAGAUGGUACAAAAAUACAUUUCUUAAAGGGAAAUUACAGGCUGCAGAUUGCAGUGAUCAUAAUUCAGAGAAGUAUAUCUAGUAGAGUACCUAGAAGUUUUGUGAGCUGGCCACAGAACGUUACCAUAUGUUGCCAGGACCAUCUAGGUUAGGCCACUGUAAAGAAAAAGGUUUGGAGGUCAACUGAGGAAGAUUAGUUGAAUGCAGAACAAACUGCCUCUUGGAGGCAGGUACCCUGAAAGAGGCUUGAAUUAUCAAGGCAUAGUAGACUUGUGGAACAUGGUAACUGGGAUUAGUAGAGAUAUCUGUGAUUGGCACAUGUAUGAUGGUGUGUGGAAUGGGCAUAGUGAACCAAAGGGACUGUUUACGUUGUGUGGCUCUAUUGUUCAUAAGAUGGCUAUUCUUAGCUCUAGGUAAUAAAAAGCAGCAAGCUGGAGCUAUACAGCAUUGAACCAAGCAAUUCAUCCCACUACAUCCACAUUGACCAUUGAACACCUAUGCAUAUUAAUCCCAUCCUCUGGCACUCGACCCAACCUUCAAUGUUUGGGCAAUUCAAGUGCCCAUCUAUAUACUUAUGAACUGCUUAUUUAGUGCAUUCCAGAUACUCGCCAUUCUUGGAGGAAAAAAUGCCUCUCAGAUCCUCUCUAUUCACCUAUUAUCUACCUGCCUUUGUCUCCCAUUUCCACUGUUUCCCUGCCUGGCUUGAUCUGCCCACCAUGUUUCACCCUCCUCUGUCUCCUUAUUACCUCUGUCUCCUGUCUCAACACUUGCCCUCUAUACUGGUUUUCUUCUUCAGUGUUAGUCCUCAUGCAGGAUUUUGACCACAAAAAUGAACAUUCCUUCCCUCUCCCUUCUAUAUUUGGAGUUCUUCUAGAAAAUUGUUGCUCAAGAUAUCAGCAUCUGCAGUAUACUCUUCCCUAACUUUCCUCUCCUUGCCCUAAGUCUAUAUCCUACUUCUAUGAACUCCUGAUGAAGCAUAAAGUUUUCUUUAGUGUACUCAAACUAUUCCCUUCAUAAUUUGAUAUACAUCAGUCACAUCCCUUCUUAAUUUUCUCCGCUCCAGGGAAGGCUGAUCUUGCUUCCCCUUUCUGGCCUUGAAACUGAAAAGUUCUAUCGUGAGGUGAAUCUUCUCUACACCCUUUGCAGCUCCAUUGCGUCGUGUAAUAUGGUGGCCAGAAAUGAUAACUGAAUGCACUACUCUAGUUGAUGUCUGACCAACGUCUUAUAAAGUUGGUGCAGAUUCUCCCUCUUGUAUUUGGUGUCAAUAUCCCACAUGCUUUCUUAACCACAUUAUUUACCUGUGCUGCCACUUUCAAUAUCACUUUGUUCCUCAGUACUGCCUAGGACCCUGUCACUCAUGGUAUAUAUUCUACUCUCAAUAGUAUUCCCAAAUUACAUCACUUUACAUUUAUUUGAAUUGAACUCCAUCUGCCAUUUCUCUGUAUUUUAUCAAAACAUUGAUAUCACCCUAUAGCCUAGGACUACCUUUCACAUCUGAAUUUCUUAUGUAUGCGUAUUACAAACAGCAGGGGUCCCAGCACUGAUCUCUAUGGAACAUCACUAGUCAAACAACCCUGUACCCAUCACCUUCUGUUUUUUAUUGUCAUGUCAGUUUUGGAUCCAGUUUAUCAACUUGCCAUGGAUCUCAUGGGCCUAACUUUUUGGGCUAGUCCCCCAUGUAGGACGUUUUCAGAGAAUUUACUGAAAUCCAUGUAAGCCAAAUCUACUCACUGUCCUCAUCAAUACACUACGUUACUUUUCAAAACAUUCAGACAAGUUCUAUUCUUAAAAAAGCUAUGCUUGCUAUCUCUGAUCAGUCCCUACUUUUCCAAGUGUUUAUGACCUCAAAUGUUUUUUACCCCAGUACGUUCCUUACUUCUGAUAGGCUUACAAUUCUGUAAUUAUGAGGCUUUUUCUUUCUACCCUUCUUGAAAACCAUGCCACAUAAUGCAAUCCUGUUCUCUGAUGAUUGUAAUAAGUACUGUUUACUCUUUGCCAUAAAUGUUGCUUGUCCUGCUAAGUUCCUCCAGCAUUUUGUGUGUGUUGCUAAGUAGUGUUAAGGAAUGUUCUCUUAGGUGGAUUGUUUUUGACCUUGGCCUAGAUCAAGUAAUGGUAUAAUUGAUUUAUGGAAUUUAAAAUUAAGACUGUUUUUGUUUCUGAGAUUGCUCUGACCAGUUAGAAACCAAAUUCUACCGGUCUAUGUUUUCUGAAAUAGGUAUACUGGAAUUUGGCUUCAAAUGUUGAAAGAACAGCAUUAUUAGAAAACCUUUAACUCUCAAUGGGAUAAGUUCCUGUACAUUAUUUCUUGUUUUGUCACAUGACAGAAAACAUUUCCAUGUUUCAGGCAGCUUCAUCCCAUAGCAAAAUGUUUUCAAUGUCAACUUCUCCUUUUAUAGGUACAUAGAAAAAAAACUUCUUAUUCCAUUGGAAAAAUAAUGUGGUUCGUAGAUAUUUUCUAUAUUAUUCACAGUACUGCUCUUGAAGUAUAGUGAUUACCCCUGGCUAGAAAUAACCUGCUAGUUAAAUCUUACUCAUGAAUGUCUUCAUUUAUAAAUAUGGAAAUGGUUUUCCCAUUCAUCUAAUGAACAUUUAGUACAUUGAAAUGUGAGGGUUUGACUUACAGAUUUAUCUGAUUAGAGCUAUGGCUGGACCUGAGAAUUUGGGAAUUAAAAUUUUGGCCUUUCCAGCUUCCAAGGGAUUUGAAUUUGGUUGCAAAUACUGCACUAGAUCAAUUAAUGUUGUAAUGCUUUGGAUAUUGUUCUUUGGAAUUUAGGGUUCUGAUAUUCAAAAUAGUUAAUUUACAGUACUAUACCGUCUUUUGGAAUAUGAAAGGUCCAAAUGUUACUUGUGCAGCACCUGAAGUAGUAUGUUUGGUAUCUUGACCAUCCAGUGCUUCAGACCUCCAACACCAUUCUAGCACAGGGAUGUAAGUAUAUAGGUAUAACUAUCACUUUUGUGUUAAUACAUUGAUUCUGCAUGAAAAUUGGAUCAUUGCCACCAUAAGUAUUACAGUGUUCAUUUUGUGAAGAAAGAAAUUAAUCAUUAAAAAGAGAACAAAAGUAUUCAAAGACCCAAGAUAUAUCCUGACUCGAGGAGAAACAACACAUCAUUGUUCAUAUGUAGAGUCUGAGUUUUACAGAUGUGGAUAGGAAGAUAUGUGAUUUGUAAAUUAACUAGCAAUCAACUUCAGAAUAAUCACUUUCCAGAAAUACAAAUUUCACAAGUAAGUAUUAGGGCAUUAUAGAAUGUUUGCAAAUGAAGCAGGUUGUUGUAUCUCAUGUGUCCAUGUUGUUAACACUUCAUCCAGAAUUUGGAGAUAUGAUAAACAUUACAAACAGCUGUGACGUUUUAGAGGUAACUUGAUCUUUGCUUUUGUUCCAUUUUCCAUCAAGUAGAAUCUGUGCAUUUAACUUCUGGAACUUGCAAAAGUGUUAUGCUUUCAUUUUAGUUGAAAGGAAAGACUCUUGUGCUUCAUAUUGGUGGUAUCCCCUAUUUUUGUAGAUUGUUAAAUUCACAAAAUCCAUAGUCAUCCAUGUGCCUUGCCAGGUUGAAGUUUUGGUGAGAAAGUAAGAAUGAGCUGCAAGAUCUAUCAACGACUAGGAUUUUAAUUUAUUUCAAAUAGCAAUUUCACAUUAUUGUUCAAAAAUAAAUUGAUUAUUAUAUGCGUGUCCUAAUAUGCAUAUUUAGAGUGGCCAAGCAAUUAUGGCUUUGCACAAUCCAAAAGAAACCAUUAUAUAGAUAGACUUUCAAGAGUCAUUAUAGAAUUGAAGGAUUCAGCACUAGUGUAAACCAUGUAGGCUAAUCUUGAGUUACUUACAGAUGUUAAAAGCCCUUGAGAAAAAUUAAAUUGUUACCAUGUUAUGUCUAUUUUAAUAUUUGUGUAUGUGUAACAAGUCAAUCAGUAACUUUGUUAAUAUUAACUGGUUUGGCACAACAUAGUUCAUGUGUUGUACUGUUUUAUGUUUUAUGUCCUAAUAUUACCAUAAUUCUUUUUCUUAGAAACACCAAGUAAACAUGUGUAAAAUGUAUCUUGACACACUCAAAAAUUAGAUUUUCUUUGACUCCUGUCAAAAGUUGGUAAGGCCAUAUAAUUGUUAAAUGUAUUUGAAGGAAGCAAUUGUUAUGUACUUGCUGAUGGAAACCCAUGUGUGAAAUAGUGUAUAAUGUUUAUUUUAUCUAGGAGGUAAACAUUUUCUCAUUUGUAGUCCCAGAAUAACUGUGUGGAACCCUAUAUCCUGUCUAGCUUUGGAAAUAGAUUGCUGAUUCAGAAGCAUCACUUAGUCAGCAUCUGAAACUCCCCAUUCAAUAACUUUCUGGAAGCACCCUCUCCAAGUAGCCUCUAGUGGUUUAAAAUUUCAGUUUAGCUUCAACUUCUGGACAGUUAAAAAGGAUGGAUAGAUUCAGAUCCCAAGAAUGAAUGAAACCUUCUGCAACUGAACUAUCACUUUGAAAUUUUCCAGCAUAAACACAUUUCUCAUCUUGUGUGAGAGUUAAUGUGUAAGAAAGCAGUAGAGAGUUUGAAAAUCAAUAUUUUCAAAGCCAAAGUGAUAUAAUAGUGAUUUUUUUAUUCCUAACCCUUGUGGAUCAUUGCGGUUUCCUAUGAAAUAAAGAUAUAUUGGCGUUUCUUUAUGAACAGGAAAUAGACUCAAUAAAAUUUGAAGACUACAGAACAGCGAUGUUUGACCUUACUGCUCUCAGAUUGCAAAGGUGAGAACUGCAAAAUCAAACUGGUUAACUUUGUUUGCAACCUACUGAACUGCAAGAAAAAAGUUGAAUCAACAAGUGAAUUAGUUCUACUUUUAACAUUGCUUAUUUUGAGUCUUUAUCAGUGAUUUGUUUUAGAAUUCCAGCAGAGGUUGUUUUGGGCAUAAUUUUAACACUGAUUAGCUGUAGUAGCAACUGUAACAUUUCAUGUUUAUUGGACACAAUUUUACAGUUUUAGUUGAAAAAGUACAGAUUCUGGAAAUUUGAAACAAACCGAAAAUGCUAUAAACACUUAACAAAUAAAGCAGCUUCUAUGAAGAAUGAAGCAGAAUUAAUAUCUUACUUCAGUUCUCAUACAAGGUCGUCUGCCUGAUGUAUUGGCUGUCCUGCUAAGUAUUGUUUCCUUAGGGUUGUCAUGGCUGGUAGGGGGAGGGUAGUGGGUAUAAACUCCCACUAUUAAAUUCUCCCAAUGGCAUGCAUUUCAGGUAGCCUCUUGACAACCAAGUCCAGCUCCCGGCCUUCAUGUAUGCUUACCUACUAAGCCCAUUGGAACCAUUUCUGCUGUCAGGAAAAGGGGCAAAAGUGGGUUAAAACCAGUUGCUUCAAGCAGAUGGGGCUCAUCAGUUGUGGUUGGCAGCUCAUCCAGGAGAAAGGAAACCCUGAUCUUAAGCCUCCGCUGUCUUGCAACUAUAACCCACAUGGAAGGCUUCGGGAGUACCCCGAGGAAAUAUCUGGAACUGGAGUCCCUAAUGCAGUCCUACGUUGAGUUCAACACUGACUGGCAACUCUUGUGACGCCACUGAUACCAAUUUAUAUUAGUCUCUGCUGUUCCUUUGGGUUCAUUAGCUGUGUGGAGAAGGGAAGUGUGCUGCAUGAGCAAUAGCUUGCUCUUCAUAUUGUACUGCCCUGGUUUGCGUACUGGCUUACCAAAUGAUAACCAAUAUGCAAAAUCCAUAGUUGACACAGACCAGCAGAGGGCCUCAUUCCAGCAAAACAUUUAUGGUAUUUUAUUUCCUAUAGCUUUACAUUCUGAGCCUAUGGAUUUAAUCAAAUUUAUUGUAAAAUUACUUGGUAUUUGACAAGACAAAAAUAAAGACCUGA